AUGUUUGCACGAAAGUGGCUUUCAAACUCGGUCGAAGUUCUUAAAAUAACACCAGAAAAUGAUCGUGCAGAACAUAUAAAUUUAGAUUCUGGAGAAUUGCCUGCAAUGAAAACACUUGGAGUUGUCUGGAAAGCAAAACCUGAUUUAUUUAGUUUUCAUUCUGUAACAACCGAAGAAAAUACGGUAUAUACAAAACGAGUUUUGCUUAAAAAAAUAGCAACGUUGUUUGAUCAAUUGGGUUUUUUGGCACCAUAUAUCAUUCGAAUCAAAAUAAUUAUGCAGGAACUGUGGAUUGAUGAAAUUGAGUGGGAUGAUGCAGUUCCGGAUUGGAUUGCAAAUAAUGUUGAUCAAUGGUUUCAAGAACUAAACGAUCUCCCAAAAAUAAACAUUCCCAGAUGUUUACAAACAACCUCAACAGUAACAAAUAGGUCAAUUCAUGUUUUUACGGAUGCGUCUUGUAAAGCUUACGGUGCUGUUGCUUACCAACAAUGUUUAUAUGACACAGGAGAAGUGACCAGUGUGAUCAUAAUGUCAAAAGCCCGAGUUAGUCCAUUGCAAUCUAUUAGUAUACCAAGACUUGAGUUACUUGGAGCUGUCCUCGGUUUACGACUUGCAGAGAAGAUUGUCAAGGCAUUGAAGCUGGAAACUAAGGACGUAACUAUAUGGUGUGAUAGUCUUAAUGUUUUGUGGUGGAUAAAAAAUCAAAGUCGAAAGUUGAAACCAUUUGUUGCCAACCGUGUUGGAUUCAUUCAAUCAAAGACUGAACUAAAACAAUGGAGAUACAUACCAACAAAAACUAAUGUAGCUGAUUUACUAUUAAGAAGAACAACAGUUAAAGAAUUAGAAAGCAAUUAUGUAUGGUGGCAUAAACCAAGUUUCCUUAAUUCUUUAGAAGAAAAAUGGCCACAGAAUCACAUUGAAGUUACACAAGAGGCUUCAAUUGAAGUAAAGAAAAAUUCAGUAUUAAUGAAUUUUGCAUUAUCCACUAAAGUAACAAAGCAAUUGCUCGAUAUAAGCAAGUUCUCAUGUUGGAAAAAACUUGUCAGGAUAAACGGCUGGAUCCAUCGGUUUAUAGGAAAUUGUCGAUUUGAAACAGACUUUCGUAAAAAGGGUGAUAUAUCAGCUGAUGAAUAUCAUGAAAGCGAAAAAGAAAUCAUAGCUAAAGCUCAAAAAGAAAGCUUUAAAGAAGAAUAUAGCAACAUUGAAAAAGGAAAACCGAUAUCGAUAUCAAGUAAAAUUAUUUCUUUAAAUCCGCAAAUUGACAAAGACGGAUUAUUGCGAUCUUGCAGUCGAUUGCAAAAUGCCCAUUACUUACCCUACGAUGUCAAGUAUCCAAUCAUUUUGCCGAGAGGACAUACAAUAACAAAAUUGAUUGUUAAGCAUUACCAUGACGAAGCCAAUCAUGUGAUGGGAACAAAUCAAUUAUUAAAAAACUAUCAGAACGAUAUUGGGUAA